CCAUUCCGUCCAGUAAACAAACAUGUGGUCUUCCUUCCUCCCUCCCUUUAAACCCCCUCCUCCUCCAUCUCCCCUUUCUCCACCAAACCUUCAACCCCCCUCUCCCUCUCUCGAUCAACUGGUUUGCAGCAGCAGCAGCAGCAGCAGCUUAGUGCUUCUUACGAGCUCCGCCGACUAUGGCGGCCGGAAUCACCAGUGCCCCUUGCUCCCGAACUAUCUACAGCCGCCAGUUCUCAUUCAUCCGCCCCAGUUCCUCCUCCGCUUCCCCGCCGAGUUUAGUGUUCUCUCCGUGGAGUAGGUGGUUUCCGAGUUCGGUUAUUAGCUCUCCUAAAAAGCCCCGGGUUAGUGUCUGCUUUGUUGUGGGAAAGCAGAAAUUGGAGUCCGAGAUUGAAAUUCUGGCGGAGGAGGAGAUUGAGAAGCAGCAGAUCUCGGCCUCCCGAUUGGAAGAGAAAUCGGAGAGGAAGAAGUCCGAGCGCUUCACGUACCUUGUUGCCGCCGUGAUGUCGAGCUUAGGAGUUACGGCCAUGGCUGUUCUCGCCGUUUAUUACAGAUUUGCUUGGCAAAUGGAGGGAGGAGAAAUUCCAUAUAUUGAGAUGUUCGGUACAUUUGCUCUAUCAGUUGGAGCCGCUAUUGGAAUGGAAUUCUGGGCGAGAUGGGCUCACAGAGCGCUUUGGCACGCUUCGUUGUGGCACAUGCAUGAGUCUCACCAUAAACCAAGAGAAGGAGCAUUUGAGCUGAAUGAUGUGUUCGCCAUAAUUAACGCUGUCCCGGCCAUAGCUCUCCUCUCCUAUGGUUUCUUCCACAAAGGCAUCGUUCCUGGCCUCUGUUUUGGAGCAGGACUGGGAAUCACGGUGUUUGGGAUGGCCUAUAUGUUUGUCCAUGAUGGUCUCGUACACAAGCGGUUUGCCGUGGGGCCCAUUGCCAAUGUACCGUAUUUUAGAAGAGUGGCUUCGGCUCAUCAGCUGCAUCACACGGACAAGUUCAAUGGUGUCCCAUAUGGCCUAUUUCUAGGACCCAAGGAAUUGGAAGAAGUGGGAGGGUUAAAAGAGCUGGAGAUUGAAAUUAAUCGAAGAAUCAAGUUGGCUAGGAAGGGAUGAUCAUUUUCCUUGAUAAUUUUCAUCCAUAAAUCAUUUUCUUUUAAUAUGUAGUUUCCUCACUUGAAUUAUAGUAGUACUAAUUACUCCGUUUAAAAGAGUAAUAUAUUCAGUCCUGUCCUCUCGGUAUAUAAGUGGAGGAUAGUGUCAACAUUUAAUGUAAAAAUAUCAUUUUUAUUAUUAAAGUAAAUAAGAUACUGCUUAAGUUAUGACAAAUGUGAAUUACCAACCCUUUUGAACUUGUCGUCAAAGAAAAAACGUGGAAGGGGAAUGCUCACGGUGGGCGCACCCAAGCCCCGACCCGACAUAGGUUCGGGGAGUGGACAAAUUUUAUGGACUGUCAUUCCAUUGAUCUAUUGACAAUCAUCACAUAUACGAUAGUUGCAUUUAUUUUUACAAAAAAAAAAAAUAUAAAAUUAUAGAUCUAUAUAUAUAAUCGUUAUGCCUUGUUUUUAGGUGGAGGACGUGAAUCAAGUCCCAAAAGACGUCACAAGCCAGGUCUUAUCUUUUGGGCUAAAAUCCACGUGCUCCACUUCAAAUUUCAAGUAACGAAACACUUCUCCUACUGCUCUGUGUCGUCAGCCUCAUCCUCAAUUUCCUCUUUAUUUCUCCAAUCAAUCUACCUUCUUGAAUUGGUUCUUGGAUGUAAUUAACAAAGUCAGCUCUGUUUUAAUGGCGGCAGAAUGGUAAGAGUUUAGUAGAAUAAUUAAAACUAGGGUUUUUAU